CCAGAGGGAUAUUUGAUUUUUCAAGGUCGCCCUCUGUCUGGUUAUCGGGUGAUUCACAUGAUUCCCAGUGAAUCUUCAUUCAAGUCAAAGGACGAAGCUAAAGCAUUUCUAAAGCGUCUGUGUGAUCAGCAGCUUACUGUUCAUGUAUCCGAUGGUCGAAAGUAUGUCGGAAACUUCUGGUGUACUGAUAAUGUUGGUAAUAUCGUAAUGGGUUCUUGUAGAGAAUAUCCAAAUCCAUCUGAUUCACGAUUCGAUAAGUUAGAAAGAGAACUUACAACUGUUGUCAUUCCUGGACAGCAUAUUACAAAAGUUGAAUGUCCUCGCAGUUUGUUGACAGAUUGAUGCAUAAUAUAACAUUUCUUUGUUGAAUCGAUUUCUGUUUUCUUUUUGCUAGUUUUUAUUUGUUUUAACUUCCUAUCUCAUUUUCUCCCUUAUCAACAUAUGAAGGUAGAGGUAAUGCAAAUAUAGUAAGACAGAACAUUAUUUGCACAGCAUUGAAUUCAUGUACAUGCCACGACGAAGCAAAGAAAUGGUUAUAAAAGUUAUUCUUGUUGUAUCUGCCUACUGGUUUAUUUCCAUCUCCUUAGUAUUUAUCAAUAAAUGGUUAUUGAGUGAUAAAUCUGUAUCGCUCAAAGCACCUUUAUUUAUUACUUGGUUCCAAUGUAUAGUUACAGCACUGUUAUGCUAUUUAGCAUCUUAUGCUGCCCUACUGUUACCAAGUCGUGUAAAGUUUCCACAGUUGAACUUCUCCGUCAGAACAUCUAUUGAGGUAUUACCACUGUCCCUUAUAUUUGUUGCAAUGGUCAGUUUCAAUAAUUUGUGCUUGAAGUAUUUGAAUGUUUCUUUUUACUUCUUGGCCCGUUCCCUAACUACCAUCUUCAAUGUCAUUUUCACCUAUCUACUGUUGAAUACAAAGACUUCAACCAAAGCAAUGCUUUGUUGUGCUGUAAUUAUCAUUGGAUAUUGUGGUGGUGUAAUUAUCGAAGGCAAUUUAGGUUCUUUAAACUGGCUUGGCUUGAUAUUCGGUAUCGCAUCCAGUGUUACUUGUGCAUUAAACUCUAUCUACACAGCCAAGUGUUUACCAAAAGUCGAAGGAAGUGUAUGGCGACUAACGUUCUACAAUAACUUAAAUUCCAUAUUUUUAUCAAUACCAAUCAUUGGUGUCUUGGAGUAUGUACCAAUCAAAGAGGAAUUAUUUAAUACCGGCCUGUACUUCUGGUUUAUUAUGCUUAUCAGUGGGAUAUUCGGUUUUGCGAUUGGCUAUGUGAGUACACUGCAGAUUCAAGUGACUAGUCCGUUAACUCACAAUGUUUCUGGUACAGCUAAAGCAGCUGCCCAGACAGUAUUAGCUGUGAUUAUCUAUCAUGAAGUUAAAUCAAUAUCAUGGUGGCUUAGUAAUGUUGUUGUCUUGGGUGGAUCUGCAUUGUAUGCAGCUGUACGACAUUCAGAAGGCGGACAGAAGUUGAAGACAACGGCAGAUGUGAUUCAAACCAAUGAUCCGUACGGUGAUGUAGAAGAAAGUAAACAAAGCUUAAUCAAUAAUCUUGUCACUAAUACUACUGAUGAUGAUGACAAUGAUAAUCAUCUGUUUGAUCGAAAUAUCCUACCUUCAUCACAGAUAUCAUCGGUUUGAAAUUAUUCUUCCAACUUUUGUAUGCGUGGAUUUCUGUGUUAUUGAAAGUUAAAUAAAAUAAUAAAAUUAUAUAUGGCUGUGAUAAAGAAUAAAUCUAUGUUUAGGAGUA